AUGUACCGGUCACGCAACUAUGUUUUCAAGGAAAUCUUACCUCAUCCUUUGGUGAAAAAUGAUGAAAGAUGCACGUCAGUGGUCUUAGAUGCAAUGGAAGAUGUUUCAUCUGGCUCUGAAGACUGCUAUUUUGCCCAAGCACCAAGAAACUGUCUGAGGAUAGCUGAAGAUUGUCUUGUCAUCUCUAGCAGUAAAAGCACAAUCUCUUACCUUCCCACAGAAGGCAAGUUAUUUAAGCUUGCAGACCAGUCCAGUCAUAACUUUUCAUAUACCAUGUGUGCUUCUUAUGGCAAACUUUAUGUCAACAAUGCUUUUCAACAGUCAGUUGAGAGAUAUGAUCCAGUGGUGAACUCUUGGGUAUCUGUCACACCAUUAAGUGGUGGUUCAGUGCCACUCAGUAGCGUAGCUGUAGUGAAUUUCCAAGGGUUUUUGUAUGUGAUUGGUGGGAAAAUAGGAGAUGAGCAAGUAAACUGUGUGCAUAGGUACGAUCCUGACACAAACCUAUGGCAGGAAGCUGCACCCAUGAACAUUUCCAGAUCUUCACUGUCUGUUGCAGCUGACAAGGACACUAUGUAUGCAAUUGGAGGCCGGACAAAAGAUCAGUUACUGGAUGUUGCUGAAAGAUUUGACCCCAAAACAAACUCAUGGUGCAGAGUGGCUUCAAUUCUUGAAAAGAAGAGAUACUCUCAUGCUGCUAUUUUAAAGGCUAAAGUGUUUCUAUUUGGAGGCUGUACCAGCCUUCGAGCCUUAAAUGUAACUUCCAGGAAUAUUGAAAUGUAUGACCCAAUUACAAAUAUCUGGACAGCCAUUCAGAGUACAUCUGCACCAAAGUGCUUUUUAGGUGCCACAAGUUUUAAGGGAGCCAUUUAUGUUACAGGUUUGUGGAACCAAGAAAGUUCCAGUGGUUAUUGCUUGAGGGUGUAUGAUGUUGACAAGAAUGACUGGAAGCAUUGUACAGAUAUUCCUCUUAACUCUCCUCGAGCUGUUCUGGCUCCUCUCAGAAUUUCAAGAGGAAUUUUAAACACUUGUAAAGUUUUAAUUUAAAGCACCGGUUGGGUAAUGUUUUGAAACAUGUACACUGCUGUAAACCACAAAUUGAUUAACCUGGCAAAAUGCUCAUUAAUUUUUUAGGAGAACUUCCUUUAAUUGAGCUGUAAUUCAUUAAUGCAGCCCACAGCCACAUCUUAAGAUCCCAACCUGGAUGACAAACAAGUGACAAAUGAAAAUUGAUAUAUUUCUGACAGUGUGUGCAGUAAAAACCUGUGAGCAAGAACCUGCAUUUUCCUUAGUUAGCCUAAACAGAUUCUUACAUAAUGUUAAUUAGCACAAAGUUAGGCUACUCAGGUUCUUUUAAAAUGGAUUCUUCUUUUCUUAACAAAACAAAAAACAUUGGAACUAAAAGUAAUUAGUGGUACUCAGCGUAAUCCUUAUAUCAAAUCUACCUACUAAAUUAGUGAAGUCAGAGUCAUUAAGCACAUUUGUCUCCAAAGAGUAUCCUGAAUGUCAAUUUAUUCCAUUUUCGCAAGUGUGCAGAAUUUUAUCUUUAGAUUUUAGAUAAUAGGAACCAGUUUCAAAUUUUAGGCUGAAUAGGUUCUUGUAUGGAGGAGGCCUAACUGGCAAAUUUUAGCCUAACAGGUUCUUAAAAACCAGGUUCUAACUUGUGGGUUUUUACCGUAGUCACUUACAGAUUUUGCAAUGUAACAGCCUGUGUGGUAGUCAUUUAAGAUGUUAAAUUUUGACAGUAAUGAGAAAAGGAACCAGUUGAGAAAAGGAUAUCACCAUACCCUGCUAAAAGACCUUUCCACAGUUUUUUUUCAACUUUUGAUGUGGACAAGUUAGGUAAAAUCCAUGGACUCCAAAGGAAAGAGCGCCUUUAAAUUAGAAAACUGCCAAGCUUGAAAGUGAUUUGUUGAAAACUAGCCAAAAUAUAGCUGCAUCUACGUCUACAUCUACAUUUAUUGAUUGACAACGCUUUUGCAGCUCUUCAUAGUCGCGAAAAUUUACAGACAUGCGUGGUGCCUCUUCCAUACAAAUGUCUGUAAAAUUUCACUGCAUUGCAAAGCUAUAUAUGUACACUAAUCCUUUGGCGUUGGCGUGUAGUUUGUUCAACGAUGAAUAAGCAUCAUUGCGAGGCCGCUAAGGCGUUCUUCUCAGUGUACGACGCAGAGCAGAGAGGGAUGGCUUUCACAAGAAACACUACCUACUGGUGUGCCAUUACAGGCACUCUCUGUAAAUUAGAGUGAACAUUGCAAAUAGGUUAGAGAUGAAUGAGCUACAAAUUGUAGUAGCUGAGCGGUGGUAACCACAGUCUUUUUAAGAGCGACCGUUAAGAAAAAUUGAGCAAAUAAUUUUUAAAAAUCGCAAAAAGCACUUUUAUUUUAGAGAAAAUAUAUAACAAGAAAUUCAAAUUCUCUCUUCGGAGUGUAAAUUGCAGAUUACUUUUGGGACGGAUCGCUCAAUAUUGAAGGACGUAUGCCCGGGGGAAGCUCGAAUAAAAAAAGUGACGUACACGCUCAGCAUGGGUCAGGAGACCAUGAUAGACUAUUAUCAGACCUUUAAUGAUUAUUAUUGGCCGGGAUGUCAUGUGCUUUUUUAAAAAAAUAAUUGCAUUUAAAUUUGUAUAGGUAAUAACAGACACGAAAAACAUGACUACAACAACAAAUUUUGACAGCGCGGGCGCUUUUAGUUCAUUCAACAUGAUUCAACUGAUUGGCUGAAACAGACUACUAUUUCUGUCAAAUUCAAACUUUUUCAAGACCAACGCUUUCAAAAUCAUUCAGCUAAGAACUUGGAAAUGUGCAAGGAUUGAUUUCACACCAGCCUGUUAAAGAUAACUCGGUUUACAAUAAUCGUUUACAAAAGAUUCCCGCUUUUCAAGAUUCCCCGUUUUAAAGAUUCUCCAUUUUAAAGAUUCCUCGCCGUUUUAAAAAUUCCCGCUUUUAAAGAUUCCCGCUUUUGAAGAUUCCCCACUUUAAAGAUUCCCCGUUCCCCAUUCCCAUUCCCAUUCCCAUUCCCAUUCCAAUUCCCCGAUUCACCGUUCCUUGUUUUAAAGAUAGCCGCUACUUUCGAAGGGUCAUUAUCUUUUUGGGGUCGCUACUUUUUGGGAUUUGCAUGCGAACUUUUCUCGCUUCUUUUGGAGGGUCGCUACUUUCAGGGGGUUGUUACUUUUGGAACUUUUCGGUACAUUUUAUUUUUUUUGAGAAAAUUCCCUUUAAUUCAGCCAUAAUUCAGUAAUGCAGCCCAAAGCACAUCUUAAAAUUCCAACAUGGAUUUUCUUCACAAAUUUACCUUGUUAAUGCAGGUAAUAAGAGCAAAAUAUGCAUUUGAAAGGACAAACAAGUGGCAAAUGAAAAUUGAUAUAUUCUGACAAUGUCUGUUAAGCCUCUUAUUGUUCACUACAUGUACCAUUAAUACAGUGAAAACCUGCAUUUUCCUGAGUUUAUAGCCUAAACGGGUUCUUACAUAAAUGGUAAGUAGCACAAAUAUUGGCUGUUUAGAAUCUUAAAUAGAGUCUUAUUUUCUUAAGAAAAAGAACAUACAUUGUAGCUAAGAGUAUUACUGUCAGUGGUACAUGUAUUCAGGUGAAUCCUCAUCUAAAAUUUGCGUACUAUAUUAGUAUUACUGUUUGGUCAUAGUUAAAUCAGGUCAAAAUUUUCUGUGCUUUUGUUGAUUGAUGCUUUUAGUGUUGGUUAAAGAAUAUUCCAGUACUGUUGUCCUCUUUAUUAACUAGUGUAAAAUAAUACCUUGGUGUUCAAUGCAUUUCCCUCUUUCUCUCCAGGGAAAGGUCUCUUUGUGUCACAGGGAGGCUGGGGAGAGGGAAAAAGAAAGACACGCACGGGAUGAUGGGAAGGGAAAAGAGAAGAAGAGAGGCAGAAGGCAGACAUUCUUUUUCUCUUCCCAUCAUCCACCGCGCGCUUUCUAUGUUUUAAUCAUUGCUAUUUUUAUUGAAAUGGAAAGCGGGAGCUAGACUCUAAAAAAAGUCCUUCGUACGAUUUAACUUGUGGCAAGUCUAAGCGGGAGCCUCUGCGAAGGAGAGAGAAGGCAGUUUCUAUCAUCAAACUGCCGUUUUAUUUUUUUGAAAUUUGAUUAAUCGAUUUCUGCCCACACCGUGUCGAAGCAACAGACGGCUCGACAUACUAAUCUCACAAUGCCAGGGUACAUCAAGAAAAACUGGCACAUCAUUUUAUUAAGGGGAUAUCGUGAUUUGAUUUUUGUCCGACCGGUUGAGGCAACACACCCCGGGGGAUGGGGGGGGUGCUUCGGUUAAUUUUUGCUGGGUACUUGCCGCUGGCCUGUCUGGCCGUACUGUUUGUUCACUCGCAGGUAAAAAAGGGUAAUCCUGACUCUUAGUUGGUGCAUUCACUUUCCACCAUUAUACGUGCCGUUGCGGUGACACACCUCCCUUAGUAGGGGGGCAGGUCUAUUCUGUGGCCAAUUAUAGACCCCAUCUUAGUCACUUUUGGGCAAAUACUGUAUGUCAUUUUCGUUUUCGCGAUCCCAACUUAGUCACUUUCUAUUUUUAUGAAUUGACCCAUUUUUUAGAUUAAAUGAAGAACACUUUAGUUUUCAUCUACAGUACAAACAUUCUGGCACGUUUGCUAACCGUAAAUAAGAAGAACCGUCUUACCCCCAAAAAAACGAAAAUGAGCGACCCCAUUUUGGUAACUCCAUUGCAAAUGCGACCCCGUUAUAGUAGAGCUCGACAGUUCCCCACAUUCGAGAAAUGCAAAACUGAAAACAGACGCCUUACUCAGAGACACACCAUUGGUGUUCUUGCAAUUACCAUGUCGGUUGUUAGAUGAUAGGUAAUCCCUGUUUUAACCCGAUUACCUGACUUAAGACUGAAAAAAUGCUGCGUUUAUUAGCUAAAGUAUAUCCACACCCCGAAAGAUAAAGUUAACGUGGUCAGAUAGUUUAGUGAAAUCUUGGCUUUGUUUCCCACGUGUAAUUCUACAACGAUUCGUGGAUAAAAGAGAGGAGUUAGAGAGGAGACUUGCGCCCGCUUUAGUGACUAAAACUGUAUACAUUCGUUUAGAAUAUUUCACUUAACCCUUGAAAUAGAUGGUAGACUACUACGGAGUAUUACGCUCCAAUUUCACUGUUUUCUUUUGUUUACUCCUAACUGUUUGGUACUAAUUGUUACGUACUGUUUGUUCACGUACGGGUAAAGUGUAAUCCUGACAGGCGUUUUUAGGGAUCGAGAGCUCGUUUUUCAUCCCUCCCCACAAACGCCUGCUUAACCGAAAACCACAUUCACUUUUCACCAUUAUACGUGCCGUUCUAAGAUCUUACUAAACAAAGAUUAUUCUAAAAAUGCUGCGUUUUAUUAGCUAAGUUAACAUGUACAACCAGAUACAAGACAGGUCCGGGUCCGGUGUAGUAUGAUAUUUUUGGAAAUCAUAUUUUGUUUUUCACGUUCACGAUUCGUGGACACCAAGUUGCUAUAAACAAAUAAGAAUUUAUCUGAUUUAUGCACUUUUACUACAAAUUGAAUCAUCAAACAUAUCGUAUUUUAGAAUCAAAUAGAACAAUGAAACAAAAAAGAGGAACAAGGCAAGAGAAAAAGGAGACCUGACGACAGGAAAUUCGUGGCUGGUACGGUAAACCCAGCCAGUUUAACGCAACCGCCGCUCGGUAGGAAGCUGAGCUUGACGAGAGUGCCAGACCGAUCGAGUUUCGCGAGGGUUUGCAAAUUAAAUAAUCAGAUCCAUCGUUGUUUGGCAAGAUUCAGUAAAAGUGUACUUACUCUGGGCCUUAAACUCUUACAUUCCGGCCCUAUAGUGGCUAAAGAAAAUUCCAAAUUCCUUUUUGUAAAAUCAAUAGAUUUAAACAGUGCUAUUCGAAAGUUAUGACAAAUUUAAGAGGUUUUGCUUCAGUAUAUGGUGACAUCAUAUGAUUUCGGCCACGGAUUAAUACGUUUGAGUUACAAAAUCCGAAAAUUGUUCUAGGAAUAAAAGGGAUAAUAUUUCCUGUGACACUCUUAAUCAUUCAUGCAUGGGCAAACAAACGCAUCACAACAAUACCAUACCAAUGGUAGAGUUCACGUUGACUGUAUUAUCAGUGUACUAUUUUAGGUCUAUUGGCUUUAUUGGUUUUAUUGGCUUAAACAAUGACAAAUAAUAUUGCUCUAAUUAUAUUAAUAAUCAACUUCGCGGAAGGAAAACUGACAUGACCUAACAUGGUCAGGUCGACGGGCGGUCACGUCUCCUCCUUUGAAAGGUUCUCGCGACCCUGGAAUCUAAUCAACACUACUUUGCCCCGAAAACUGAGAAUUUUUCUUAGUGGAAAAAAGCAGGUUUCUGAAACACCGAAAAGACACAAAGGUACGUCAAAGAUACACAUGUAGUUGUGUAUCUUCGUGUAUGACUCAUUCAAGACCCGUUUCAGAUGAAACACAUUCCGUAAUCACGAAACGCCCUAGAAAAACCCAGAACUCUUGCGCGUGAGCCACGCUUCCGACCACUUCCGACUUCUAGUUCUAACGAUUUACUGUCACUGAAAGCCAAUGCUCACGUACUAGAAAGAAUAAAAAGAGAAGUUUGACGAUCGUUCAUUAUAUUGCACCUGGCACUGAUUAAGGAGCCGAGACCGUACGGAAGAUUUACCGAGUAACAGAAAAAGGUGAGUAUCCCAUGAGUAUAUGUAAUGACAGGUUUUCUGUCUUUGAAAUAUGCUAGCUAGUUUCUGUUCGAUGCGGCUCACGUGGCUCCUCGUUAUACAUUUUUGCGAACACUAACGCCCAUAUGUUGCCGAUACCGUCUCGGAUAGAAAAACUCGAGUUCUGCGAUAAUUUUUAUUGGCAAAGUUUGGUUCUGAUUAGUAGUUGUCCUCUGAGAAACUAAGAGACAAUGCCUUUAUCCCGUAAACCCUUACACUCUGGUGAAAAAAGGCGAAUCUUUGCAGACAAGUUAUGCUACAGAAGGAAUCACUGUAUACAUAAAUUUAAGUUUUAAAAUUUAAAGAGCUGGUUAGCUUGAGCAAUUUAUAUUUAAGGAAAUAGCAGUCGCAUAAACAAUUUCGAAAUUGCUGGAUGGCAAAGAUAAAUGAGGCCAUACGUUAAAAAAAAUUUCGAGUUUUUAAAAGAGAAUUUCUUCGGAAUACUAGAUGUGUCGGGAUAAAAUUUUCCAAAAUUAUUAUUUCAGUGGAAUCUUGGUUUUUCACUUGGAAAAUGCAAAUUGGUUCAAAUUACACGAUCAGGAGUAGACUGCAAAACAGUCGGUUUUUUUCUCAAAAUCGGUUUAGCGUAAUAGAGCGUCUCUCCACAGUCUCGCUCUCUGUUUUCAGCCUCGCUCCAGACCUUUUGUUUGACUGUUCGAGCGUAGUUGAGUACGCAAAAAUACGGACUGUUUUAUUAGUAAUAAUAAUAAUAAUAAUAAUGGCUAGUAGUAAUGAUAGAUUAAUGAGUGCGUUCGAGUUUUCUUAGCUCCAGAUUAGCUUUUGCGUCGUCAAGCAUUAUUUCAAAAUCAUGGAAGAGCAGGAAUUAAAAAGUAAACUUUCUUUUCGUAAAAAACUCGGAUUCAAAAUAUCUCACUCAUUAACUCUUUACUCUUAACAUGCCUUACUCUCCCUCAAGCAUGGUCGAUAAAAAUGGAAAGUAAAUCGUAAAAAGUUCUACGUUGUUAAAAUGAUAAACAUGUCGCAACAAACUUCGAGAAAAUGGUAGCCUCGAAGGUUAAAAAGUCCGGGCUUCUUGCGUGAGACAACUUGAAGUGAAAACAAUGAUUAUGGGAGCGACAGAAACAUAUUAGGUUUUUGCUAGAUUAGUGAUGUCAGAGAACCAGACAGAAUCUUUUGCCAUUGUGCAAACUUUUCAUCUCAUGAUUGUUUUAGUUCAUGUAGGUCAGUUCAACAUGUUUUAAACUUAGCUUGCUUCAGCGAGCGAGAUACUUAUCAUGCAAAAUGGCCCGCGCGUAGUUAUAUCAGACAUGAAUAAAGCAUUCCAGUUGUAACAACCUGCACUGAUACGCGGAUAAAAUUCUUCAAGCUUACUUUAUCCCAGAAUUUUCGUGCAUGUAAGAGGUUAAGCUAAAAAUACGUAAAUCGACUCAAACGCACGGGUAAACUUCUCACGGCACAAAUGUUACCUGGUCUUUAUUUGUGUGUUUCUACGAAGUUCAAGCUCGAUUUGAACGGCAUUGACCGAAAAAAGUGUAACAGAGUCAUCAGCUCAGUGAUAAAAACCGCUUUACCAAAGUUCAUUCUUUUGCCGAAUACAAAUAUUUCCGUGUAAUCAUCCACGGAACCAGAGUGAUGCACGUGAUUGCUAUUUUCGCCUAUGACAAUUGCUUAUGGCGUAAAUAACGCGAGCUAAAUUAUUCAAAAUGGCGCAGAAAAUGCAGACGUACGACGAAACACGCCUACUGAAAAGGUCACCCUCGAGUACCACAGAAAUUCCAACUGAGUACCACAGGACUCCCAAUAUUAUGUCUUGCGAUGAUAAUAAUAAUAAUUGUCACAUUUUAAAAAUAUUUCAGCCCAAACUUUCUUGAUCUCUUUCAAACUAGUAAAACAAUAUUGUAGAAACUGUAUUAAACAACGCAUUUAUGGCGGCUCCUCAUUGCCUAGCUAACAGUAAAUUUAUUUUUUCAGCUUUAGCUAAUAAUGAAUCGCUUGGUGAUUAUAUUGGUAGUUGCUCUUGCCGUGACCAUGUGUGCUGUACCGAGUGAAGGUAAAAUUGAAUUUCUUGUUUUGAUUCAGUUUAAUUAGUGUAUUCUUAAAUUUCGGGUGUUUCUUUGUGUUGGGAAACCAUUGUUACCCGGGGGGUACUGCCAUAUAUGGUCUAUAUAGGUAUGUGCCGCUGUGAAGGGUAUGGUUUUCAAGCAGUUUACUCUAGGAUAGGGUAUAUAAAUCAGAGCGUUUGGGUCUAUAAUAGGGUAUCGUUUUUCAGGAAACUGAUCAGUUGGUUGAAGAGUUUAUCUAGACUAGGGAUUGUGGUACUGAUAAGGUUUUGUUUUGGCUAGACUGUGCUAGUGACCUCAGUGGUUUCUGGAAAACAGCUACUCUAGGAUAGGGGGGAUUUGGGGAGUUUACUCUAGCAUAGGGUAGCAAAAUUCAUCUGAACUAGCUCUAGUAUAGGUUAAGGGUUCCAGGGUCCCAGCGGCACAUCCGAACCCAGAAAUUCCUAAAGUAGCCCCUCCUCCCAGGUAUUGUUGGUUCGCUUUCGUGUCGUGGUACGGGUAUUGUUCUGCGUCUUUUCAGUCUUUUGCAUUACGCCAUUUGGUGAUCAAACCCAUCCGCAAUACCAGGAGCCCAUAGGCUCCUGGCAAUACCCAGAAGCUACCAAACUUUCAGAUUUGUUUCUUAAACUCAUUAAUAAUUCAUGAAGAAAAUAGCCCUUCGUAGCUGGCGGGAUUAUUAUAUGCGCGGGGUCGUCAGCCUCAUUCACGAUCACCCUUGGGGAUGUCUGAUGUGACGUCACCUGGUAAAGUCUAUCGAUUGGUUCCAACCUUUUUCCACUCAUUCAGAACUAGCCUGGAGACGAGGCUGGCGGGGGCUGCUUUCCGUUGGAGGGAUCUAGCGGUUCCGCCACCAAAACUCAACAGCAAUCGAAAAGAUCGGAAGACGACAAAGAAUUCGAAAUCCCUUGCCUGAAAUCGAUAACUCCAGACUACCUUAGAUUAGGACCAUGAUUAGGACCUAUUCCAAACAAGGUUGUGAUUGGCUGGGAAAACAAUAUGGAUGGUGACAUAACAAUGCCCAUAUCCCUGAAAACAAUAGGUAGUGCAGGUUUUAGGAACCCGAUGAAAUAUGAGGUUUACAUGGGUGCGGGUCAAUCGUUAGAUUAACCUACGGUACAUAAGGCGAUUCAUGAUAGGUAAACUUUCUUAUCACUUGCACCAGGGGCCCGAUUUCGCGCGGCCACGUCCCUUGGGUCAGCCAAAGGACCCCAAGGUACAAACUGUGCUGACUUAUGCAGUAACUGUCCCAAUUCCUGUGCCUGUGACUGCUCCGGUGGUGAAUGUUCAGUGGCUCACUGUUCCUAGUUCUUCCUCUUUGAUAUUUCAAUCUGGACGUGCAGGAGGACAAUUUAGACUGAUAUAAUAAAAGAAAAUGUAAAGCUGAUGAAACGGAGGAUGUUCAGUAGAUAUGAUGUAAAACUUGUUCUAUAUAUAAUUUUGUACCUUGUCAGAGCACUGGAAACAACUGUAUAAACAGGAUGAUGUUUUUUUUAAAUUUUUCCACCGAGUUGGAUCUUCUUGUCACAUUAAAAUAUAGAAAACCAUUUACAACGAACGCUCGAUUUUUCGUACCGUCUAUGUGUACACAAUUAACUGCACAAUGCGCCUUUCAUUUUAGCCGCAUUUCCGCUCAUUUCCUUUUUUUGUGGAGCAUAUAAAAACGUGACAGGGGCACCCAACGUCAAUUUUCGGAAAACAUCUGUUUGGAAGACAAUUUGAGAUCUAGAAUUUUCGGAACAUUUGUUGUAAAAUUUCUUGCUUCCCUACCUCUCCUAGAAUUUUCGAACAUCUAAAAAACGGCAUAAUUGCCCAUUUUUAACAGAGUUUUACCCUAAAAAGGUCACCUAGAAUUUUCUGGAGCCUUUUUUUUGGCUGAAAUUUUCGGAAAGGUAAGUUUUGAUCCCUAUAAUUUUCGGAUCUCUAGACUUUCAGCUAGGAAAUCCUAACAGAUGAAAAAUUUUUAGGGCCGGGAUAAAAAUAUGCCUAUAGCUACCGUUUAAAUACUAAAAUACGUUUAACAAUGCUAUUUUUAAGUGGUUUUGAACUUUAUUCUCGUUGGGUACCCAUGACGUGAUGGUGACUUUUACUUUCUCCCUACGAACUUUCAAAACUUUCUCUUGAAAUUCAAGCGCCGGCAACAAUUAAAAUGAAGGGAAGUUUUUUUCGUGGUACCUUAAGCUCCCUGCCCUAAAUUUUCACAAAUUAAGCUUCUCCGUUCUUUGUUUGCUUGUGGCUGGAGCCGAUUGUUUUGAAUCAUUAGGUUAUCAGUGAUAAUGACAAAUACUCUAAAGUGACAGCAACCAUUAUAUUCUUACUAGUAAGUAUGCCCUGAUGUACUUAAUAGUUCGAGGAAAGUAUCGCCUUUGCUCAGUCUCUCCUCGAUAUUGAGGAAAGUUUUUGAAACGAGACGUAUCUACCUCAAAUAUUCAGCGGUCUACCCCCUCACUGACGAGAAUUAUCUGUCCACAUCAAUGCGAGUUUCUUAAAAACCCCUUAUGAUAAUUUUGAAGAGUCAUUUAAGGUGGCCCGAACCUAAUAUAUUUGCGCGUUGGUUAUGUUUUUGAAUCGGGUUUUUCGACAGGAAUGGUUUAACCGAUUUCUACGAUUUUUUGGCACCCUUAAUAAAGAAAGGUCGAACUUUUAGAAAAUGCUAUUUAUUUUCUUAUUGGUAUAAAAACGUUUGAGAUAUCGGCAUAUGUUUAAAACCGCAUUUUAAAAAAAUGUCAAUAAUUUCAAAACCCUAAGACAAACUUUACUCUAACUUCGGCAAAUAAGCCUCAAAUAUAUCUAGUUUUAUAUCUGCAAGUUUGAAGUCAAUAGUGACCGUAGAACUCGCUGCACAAAUAGCUAGUCAAAUUAGUCAAAUAUAACCUUCAAAUGCAACCCUAACACAUUUGUGAAAGUUGACGCACUAAUAGAGGGAAACUACCGGCGGACUAUCUCCUAUCUGCAAGGGUGUUCUUGGCCAAAACUUCAGUUGUAAUAAACUGAGUAAUCAGAAACCUACAAGAAGAACAACUUUAUGCUGAAUGCGGGGCAAGAGUAAAUAACUUCUAUUUAUCAAAGUUACUGUGUAUUUUCCCUUCUCUUUUCGCAAAAAAUUUCAACAAAGCACGAUAUAACAUCUACGGAAAUCUCGGCCUACCAGUUUUUAGCACUGAAGGUUCCCGUCUAGAGGAGAAAUAAAGCCACCAACUCCAGUACUUCAACCGAUCCAUUUUCAGCUGCAACGAAAACCCGUGUAUUAGGUAAUUUAUUUAAGUUUGAAAGAUUUGCCAUCACAUUCGCACGGGCAUUUUGCCAUUGCGAAUUAUGAAAAGAAUAAGACAAUUGUCAUAUUUUCUUCAUCUUUAUCCCCAAGUGGCAAACUUCCUGUGCGACGGUCAAGUCUAAAAACCUUGAAUAAAUUACCAAGUACAAGGGCUUUCAGUGCAGCUGAAAAAUGGACGGUUAGAAGUACUGGAGUUAGUGGCUAUAUAUUUCUCCUCAAAACGGAAACCUGCGACGCUAAUAUGCUAAAUCUGCUAAAUGCGGGGCAAGAUUAAAAAACUUCUAUUUAUCAAACUUACUUUGUUUUGGUCCCUCUCUUGCCUUGUUAAGAUAGGUUUCGAAAACAGAGGGACAAAUACAAAGUAAGUUUGAUAAACAAAAGUUUUUAAAUCUUGCCCCGCAUUCAGCAUAAAGUUGUUCUUCUUGUAUUACGAACUGUAUUCGCCGUAGGUUUCUGAUUAACCAGUUUCUUGCAACUUAGUGAAGCUUUGGGCAAGAAUACACACUGUAAAAACUGACCAGUUAUAGUGACCCAAACAAAAUGGUUAUGAUUUGAAUCCCAGGUAACUGUAUUUUUAUAGGUUACACUAACCCAAAAAUUAAGGUUAUGUUAACCGUUUUUAUUUCCGUUGAAACAACUGUUAUUUAUGGGUUACAAUAACCCUAAAAAAUGGUUGUUUCUACCACAGCUAACACGGCUGCUCAUAACAUUUGAUAAUUGUUUGUUAUAACCUCCACUUUUUGGUUAAGCUAACUUUAAAUUCCUAGUUAUUGUAACUGAAAUGAAUGGUUAAAUAUUUCUCAACCCAUACCGACUGGUUACAAUAACCAUUUUUUGUGGUUAUGGUAAACCAGUAUUUUGGGUACUAGUGAUGAAUCUCUGGUAACCCAUUAAAAAUAGUCAAGAGGUGGUAGCUUUAACCAUUUCCCAUAGGUUAGAAAAAAAAGGUUGUUUUAACUGAUAAUAAUGAAUUACAGUAACCUCACCAUAAUAGUCUUCAGUAACAUUUUUAAUGGUUAUGUUAACUGUUUUUUUUUCCCAAAUAACAACACUGAACAACAACAUAGUUGACAACUUCAUAGAAAAGGUUACUAUACAACAUUACAAUACAAGUAUUUAAAGCAGAACAAAAAUAUGACUGAAUUAUAUUGAAUUGUUAUACUACAUGUCUGUCAAAAGACUGUGAAACAAGGCUUAAUUGUACAAAAGGUUGUCAGCCAGAAAUAAAUCAAGGAAACUCCAAAAAAAAUUGGCAAGGAAAAUAGAUUUAAUAAAAUGAAAUGGACUGCUGCUUAAGAAAAAUGCGUUAUCCUCAGAAAAUGCUUUGUCAAAUACAUAUAGAUUAGAAGACUUAGAAUUAACGUGCACAUUCAAUACAACAUAUGAAUAAUAUCUGGGCAGAGUUAAUUCUUCACCUUCUGCAAAUCGGACAAAACAUUUUCUACCGACAAUGGCAGAGUUGCACUUGUUUGACCUAAGAGCAUGUGCUCUAAAAACAGAAACACAUUUUUUUCUAGCCCACCAGAACCCUUUGGAAAUUGCAUAUUAAAGAUGUAAAAACUACCCAGUAGGGUAGCCACUGCAUUUAGAAUGCUUGGUGGAUUAAAACGGCACACCACCAUGGCUUCAGAGGCCAAGUACAGUUCCUGUAGGUUGUUCAACUCCCCAGUGCUAAUGAGCCUGGGGGACGUUGACUCCUCAGUCAGCUUCUCUAUCCUUUCAUCCUCAUCUUCAACCUGUAAAUGUAAGAUUACAAGAAGAGAUUAAUUAUAAGCACUAUUAUCAAGCAAAUUAUACCAGGAACAUUUCAGGAGUCAGUCAUAAAUUAUGUCUUAAAGGGGUAACUGUGUAGAACGUAAGGUCAUGAUUUAUACGUUCUUUACAUCUGUUAACUUUUAGGAUCCUCAGUGUGACUUUGUUGUUAACUUACCUUUGCUCUCUUCCAAAAUGAGCCAGCAGAAAUCUGUGCCCCUCUCCGUUUAUCAGCCAAUAAAUAGGGCAGUGAGGCCAUUAUGCAACGGUUUUCAACUUCUAAAAAUUGGAAUGGACAAAAAUAGACACAACAGUCAGUAAAAGAAUUUUUUUUUAAAAUAGUACGCUUCUUAUGCAAUGGGACUGUUUACCAUCAAGACGGAAUACACUUAAAUUCACGUGACCUGCACUUCUAUCCUAAGUGCCAAAGAAUUUUCAAGCAUGAUUUCCAGUUUGGUCAAGUCUUAUGUGACCCACACAAAAAGCCUUUAAACAAGAGGAAAGUAAUAAAACUAAGGGACUGUCACUAUCUAUUACCUGUGGUGGGUUAAAAGGAGGAUUUUUGUUGCAGGAAAAAAAAUGCCUGUAUUCACUUCUAAUAAAGAUUCAAUUCCUUUAAACUAUUUUUUUAAAAAAAUUAACCAUAUACGAUUAAAAUUAUUGUUAUCAUUUAAAUGUCAUACUAACCUUUUUCAUCAAUGAUGUCGACUCCCUCUGCCUCCUCCAUAAUGGCCAUGACUUCUUUGUUGUCAGAACGUCUGACAACAGUUAGGAGACUUUCUCUCCAGCCACCCUUAAAUCUGUCCCUUAUAGAUUUAGUUACAUAUCAGGCUCUUGCAGGAUUCUGCCCAGUUCGGCCCUGAUCUGCAUGGCAAUAAAAUGAAAUAAAAUAAUCAUUAAUAUCAUAAGUUUAUAUUCAAAUACUGUAAUAGUGAUCAUUUACCCUUCUGAGAUAAACAGGCUUCAUGCAUAUGCCUGUACUUUAGCAUGAACACUGGAUUCACCCUGUCUUGUUUGCUGUGGUUUACAUAGCACAGCAAAUAAUACCUUAAAAACAGCAGACAACAAAGCAAAAUAGAGUACGGUCGAACCUCCCAGUACGGUCACCUCUCUGUUACGGACAGUUUCCAAUGUCGCGACAAAAUUCUCAUAUAUUUUCUUAAAAAUCAAAAAACCUCAGUCUAUAAUACCGACUCUCUCUAAUAUGGAAAACGAACACUAAAUCUCGACCUCAGAGACUAAAUUCAUAUAAACUUAACCUCUUUAUUACGGACACUGUGGCGAUCAGAUGAAAGGCCGAUUCCUGAUCAUGCACAGGGUGAAUCCCAUCCUAAGUCUGGCUGAUGAGCUAUACAAGGUGAUGUAAAGCCCAUUCGCUGUAUACCAAACAAUGAUUUGCAAAAGGUGUACAGAAGAACAUAACCAACUUUUUGAAGGUUUCAAUAUAACUACAGCAGGGUUGUCACUAAGAUUUCAAGUUACCAGGUAAAUACAACAAGUAGGUGGGAAAUCAAACGGCUAGGGAUUUCUUUUGGUUCGACUAUUUUUGUUCUAUUUUCCAAUAAAAGUAGCCGGGGGCCACUCUUUUAGUAGCCGGGGAAAAUCCCUGGCCCCUGGCUCUUAAUGACAGACCCUGCUACAGAUAGUGUAAACAUCUUUUCUAUUGCAUUUUCUAUUCUGAUCUGGUUACUUCUAACUGCACUUGCAAAAUAGCGAAAGGACGCUUUCAGACUUGUGCUGUAGCUGACAAAGACAGUGACUUUGUGCUGUGAAUUAAUUAAUGGCUUUAAAUGCAGUUUAAAGAUGAGUGUGAGCCUGCAUGGUUUUAGCUACUGAGCACUUAAAACUGUAAGUGGAGUCAUAAAAGUGAUGUCAUCAUAGUAACCUCUUUUAUACAGACACCUCUCCAAUACGGACGCUUUGCUGUGUCCCUUCAGUGUCCGUUACUAUUAGAGAGGUUAAUUCAACUGUAGUACUAAAAUAUAAUCUUUAGACUUGGCUUCUGCUCAGAUUAAUGUACCGUGAAAACUAAAAAGGAACUUUUACAGCAUAAACAGUAGAUUUACUCAUUGUAACAAUACUGUACCUCAUUUCCUGAGCUAGAAGCAAAGUUUGGAAAAUCUUGCAUAAUCUUCCACACUCGCACAUUCUGAGUCAGAACUUCUCGCCUUCUUAUAGGAAAUGUUGAGGACAUCAACUCUUUGAUAAGGCUGUAGUUCUUCUUUGACUUCCUCGACUCAGUGACAAUUUGCUUUCGUUGUUCCUCGUAAGUAUCAUCCGUCACCCCCUCAGGAAUGGCAGGAAUAACAGAUGAUGGGUGGAUUGCCUUUUUUCUCCCUGGUUUUCCUUUAGGGACUUCCUGUCCUUCCUGACUGAAACACCACCCGGGUACAUACGGGUAACAAACGAAUAACACACGAAAACAUACGGGCAACAUACGAGUAACACACGGAUACUUACUCGUAUGUUACCCGUAUGUACCCGUGUGUUGUUUUGGUCAAAAUUAUUCAACAAUAUAUCGUUUAGCCAAUGGCUACUUGCUUUUUCUGGAAGGAGCAAGUUUCAGUUGCUCCCAAAGACCGUCUGAUCUGUUUUCUCCUUCUUCACCUCCACCCCCCUGGGCUUUAAUUGCGGGUCAAUGGAAUCCGCCGCGGUUUUUAUUUUCAUACGCGAGCUCGACGAUCGCUAAAGAGAAAGCAGAGGGUCUGUCAACAGGCUACAAGCUAAAAAGUCUUAUUAGCAGUGAAUUUCAUUUGCAUAUAAUGAAUUUUUUAAAUGUUUUUCACGCAGAAUAAGGCGAAUUCUUGUGAUAUACGACAUACAUGUAUACGGGCCAUACAAUCUACUCUUUUUAUGUUUAAUCAAAACCUCGUGUUUUGAACCAAACAUGCAAACAAAUACAACUGAACCUCUCGUAAACGGCUGCCCAAAAUGCGAAGAGUUUAUAGUGGUUGCUUACGGGAGGUGAUCGCUUGAGAGAAUCGGUCUACAGGACGUCGCUUCCAAAAAGAGAUCCAAAAACGUCCACUUUUCAGAAUGAAUUAGAGCGAUUUCUAAGUUAAGAUAUCAGUGUAGUUCCAUGAAGGUUCUCACAAGAGAUUAAAGUAAAAACAAAGAAAAAACUUAAAAAAAGAAAAAAGUGGGCGCAGUCUCUUACGAGAGGUUUUAACUAUAGCGUUAUUACUGGGAAACGUUUGGUGCUUUGAACAGUUGGAUAAAUGGUCGUGGUCGCUUGCGGAAGAUGGUCGUACAUGGAGGUUCGAUUGUACUCAGAUUUCCCCACACAAAAAUAAACGAGUUUUCACGUAAAAGGUGUCAUUCCUGAAAAACAUUCGUGCAAGGAAAAUUAAAACUCCAUUUUUCAGAUCACUUACACCCCGCGAGCAGGGCCUCCUUUUGUCUUCUUGAUCGAGUGAGGAGGAGAAAAGGAGGCUCUCCCUGAAUCGCGUCGUCAAACCUUUGAAGUCGCUGCAGCCCAACUUUUGGACUAGCCAAUCUUGUCUUCUCACGUCAGACCACAGUUUUUUGAGUGCGAGCAUCCCGUUUAUUGAUAAUUCGAUGAUCAUAACUGAGCCCGCUGUACCAAGUGUACGCCUCUUAGACCUGGUGUUGAAAGCGCAUGCUUAACAAAGAUUUUAUCCGAGUACGCCAAAAUCAAGCAAACAGGCAGGAUGUCACACUUAUAGCCAAUAAAAUGUUUUACACCUAAUUCGCGUAAACCUGAUAAAAAAUCACCUACUUCGAUUUCGAGUUUCGACCCGGCUCCUAUUAAAUGACAAGGAAGAGAAAAAGCUUUCAACUUGACGACUUAGCGAAGAAACUAUUUAACCUUGUGUGCCUAUAGCUUUCAGUGCUUCAACAAGAACAGCGAGAGAAGUUUAACCUUUCAUGAGUUUUCCUCUCAAGACUUUCCGCUAUAAUUACCUUUCCCCCCUACCCCUGGCUUGUCACUGGAAUUACGCAGUAAAUUUUAUAUUUUAGUCAAGCGUAAACAAAUCGAAAAGGAAGCGAUAUUCUCAUGGCACGAAAAAAUUCCUCAUGCAUUUGGCAGUUCAACACGCGCGAAAUACGAAAUUCAAUUUUUACUUGGAUAGUGUAACCGGGUUACCUAGCAACGAGAUACGAUAUUUUAAGCCCUAAAACUUUCAGCUUGCAGCACGUGUGUAUCAUCAAUACUGCUAAUAAGGGCCAUUUAUAUGAGGAAAAAUAAGACGCGAACUUUUCGUAUAAACGGCACAUUUCGUCUAAAAUAAGACGCGUCUCAUUUUAGAACAGCCCUCAACACCUGUUCUUAGAUAAGACGCAUCUUAGCUAAGACGAGAAAAACUUCGUAUAACUGACCUUCGCGUCUUAUGUCUUGAUUUCCACUGUCGCGUACUUUUUACGUGCGCACGGGCGUAAAAUUUACGUUUGCAAAUAAAAUAGAGGCAAUGUAUGUAAGGUCGCAAGAAAAUGUAAAAGUUAAACCUCGCUCAACUUCACAUUUAAUCUCAACACUUUAAAUCUUGCCUCUUUUUUGUUUACGUGAUUAAAAAAUUACGUGCGUUAAAGUGCGUAGCCAAAAACGCGUCAGUGGAAAUCAACCUUAAGACGCGAACGCAUACUACGCAUGCGUUAAGUCUUGGCACGCCAUGUUGGAUUACCGUUGCUACGGGCAACACUUACAUGAAAACGAGUCAAGAACAGAAAUAAGACGCGAACCAUUUAUACGAGCUGUAUUCGUCUUAGAUAAGACAUGCUCGCAUCUUAUUCAAGGCGCGUCUUAUUUUUCCUCGUAUAAAUGGCCCUAUAAUUAGUUCACAUAGGAAGAAUCUCCGGUAGACCGCCCUGUUAAAAAGCUUUGAGAUCGCUAUUUAAAGAACAAGCAUCACUCUAGAUCUUUUUAACUUUAAGUUUUAUUGCUUUUUAUGGAUUAGAAGUAUGUGUGAAACAGUCUCGAGCGCUUUACGCCCUGGUUUCCUGUCAUUUGAGGGCUGCCCAUGGCACAACUCGGUUAUUUGCCCCACCCAUACCCAGACAAUUACCAUUUUUCUAAAACAUUUUGGUCUUUGGAACUCUAAACAUGUUCCAGAUUUUCAAAUGAUUGAUGGUUGCUGUAGUCACUGAUUUAAUAUUUGGAUGUAUGAUUUUGAAAUAGACGCUGACCUCGAAUAAACGCCCCAUCGGAUACGCUUAGAAUGAGUAAUUCUCUUUUGCUACAAAGAAUCGGAAGAAUGUAACUAGUAAUAGUUGACACUACAGCUUUCCCCGCUCUGUAUAUUGUCGGUCAAUAGCAUUCUUGGACGUAUUCCAUACAAUAGAUGAGAUAAAAACAGGAAACGCAAGGUUCCAUGCACAGUUUCAGUUCGAUUUACACAGCUUUGAUCAAAACAUUCUCACUUUCGAGAAUAGUUUAUUCGAAACCAUAAGAAAAGAUUUAAUCAGAAGUUGAAUUUUUCGCUAAUUCUCUUUCACAUUUUACAUUCAGUUCAUUUUAUUUGCCGGAAAGUAAGCCUUAGAAAUUGAAAGGACGUUUGAUCAAAUCACGCUCGCACAUUCUGGUCUUAUUUUAAACUUUAUAGCGCAAGGACAUCUGUGGACAGGGAAUGGGUCAGCACAGUGAUAAGCUAGCCGUUGAUUCACUUGUAUUGCUUGUUUGGCGCUGAGUCUUAUUCCGCUCAAAGAGAGAGAAAGAGUGUCUUUCCAAUCAAAUAUUUGUGAACCUGGGUCUUGCAGACUUUCCAAGUGUCUAUAUUUAACAAUUAAUGAAUGAGGCUGAGUAUCUUAUGAAGAAUUAUGGAGAUCGAGGAGGGUGUUAUUUCCUGUUUUAAGCUAUUAUUUCGCCUAGUUCUUACUCUUGAAACGAGUGAAAUUUCCGCCAUUUUUGUUUUCACAACGAAAACAACUCAACCUCGUCCCCUGGUCUUCUCGGUUAAAGGUGCAUUAACCUGCAAGGAAGCUGCACUUUUGACGUCAUUCGGGUAGAUUAAACGCAAAAUUCUUCCAAAUUUGGUCAUGGAAGAUGGUUAUGGUGAAUUAUGCGAGUGCUUUUAGCCAAUCAGAACCGGGGAAAUAUUUUGAACGAAUAAUAAGUAAUGGUAACAGGACUGAGUGGAGUCCAAUUCGGUCUGUAAUCAUACGAGUGAUUAACAAAAUCGGACGACCGCGUAGCGGGAGUCCGAUUUGUUUAAUAACGAGUAUGAUUACAGACCGAAUUGGACGACAUGAAGUUCUGUUACCAAUUAAUCAUAACUUUAACAAAAUUUGUGAUACAAUAAGCUAUUUUUUAAAUCAAAACACAAGAAAUUCGAAAUUUUGCUUUUCUAGCAGUGAGAAAAAAAGCCAUUUAAGGGCGCGCGUGAUGGCGCGUACUGUCCAAUUACUUAGGCAUGACGCGUACUGUCCUAUCAAACUGUCCAAUUAAGGCUGAAAUCAGGGCAGUUGAUAGCCAAUCAGAUUUGACAAUAUUGUUAUAGUUAUGAUUAACACAGUUAUACGCACCUUAUAACUUCAUCUGCGCUAAACGAGUGUCUUUUGGUCCAUAACUUUCAAAACAACUGCUCUACAGAAUGUCACUGAUAACACGUAACGCAAAAGAGUAUCGAAGUAUGACUGUACAAUAACUGUCACAAAAUGUACCUAAGCGGUUCCUACGGGAUUUUCUGUCUUUACGUCAUCGUAACCAUCUCGAGAUUUUUUCUGGCAUACUGACUGUAUAAUUAUUUUAACUGUAAGUACUUCCUUAAUAUACGCGCGAGUUAUCAGAGUGCCUCCUCGGGAUUUCGCCUUCUGGGCCCUGCGGGGGCAAUAAAGUUAAUACUGUCUCUUGAGAAAGCCCCGGGAAAUCUUGUCAGCGGAAAGCUCCUCCGAUUAUGCGCAUGUAUUUCACUUUUUGCAUUUUCGCGGGUUUUCGCGCCGUUGGUUGAUGCUCGUAGAUCCUGUGGAAGGCUGACAGAAACCUUUUUUUUUCUUUCCUGUUGUCUUGUUGACAUUUGGACUGAUAUCGUAAUCAACAUCAUGAUGAAUGAUAUAUCGUGGGGACCAAUUAAGGAAACUGACGUGCAACAGUUUUGCGUGGAAAUGAUGAAACGGCUCGAUGUUCAACGAAGGAACGAUCAUUUCUGUGAUGUAAUUUUAGAAGUUGGCUGUGGUGACGAUCAAGCUCGCUUGAAAGCGCACAGAAUCGUUUUAUGUGCAGCAAGUCCGUUCUUCUACAAUGCUCUUAACUGCGAAAUGAAAGAAAAGAAAGAAGGAGUCAUCAGAUUAGAAAACACAAGCAAAGCUGUGAUGGAGGAAUUGUUAGAUUACCUGUACACAGGAUAUGUUGACGUCACGCAACACAACGCGUUCGAUCUUCUAGAGGUAGCCGAUUUUUUGGUCAUUCCAUGUCUGACAGAGACUUCAAGUAACUUUAUCGCACGGACAUUGUCUUCUUCAAACUGUAUUUUGGCAUAUUAUUCGGCUGCUAAGUAUCAGUGCAGAGAAUUGCAAAAAGAAGCGAGAGAUUUUAUCUGCACACACUUUACGAGUGUAAUUGAGCAGGAAGAUUUUUUGAACUUAAGCAAGGAAGAGCUGGAAGAGUGGAUUUCAAGUGAUGAAAUAAGAGUAAGGGGGGAAGAAGACGUUUUCCAGGCUAUUGUCAAGUGGUGUGAAGAAAAAGAGUGCCGCCAACGUGAAAUAUUUUUCGAAUUAUUUCGUAACGUUCGUCUGAUGUACCUGUCACGCAACUAUGUUUUCAAGGAAAUCUUACCUCAUCCUUUGGUGAAAAAUGAUGAAAGAUGCACGUCAGUGGUCUUAGAUGCAAUGGAAGAUGUUUCAUCUGGCUCUGAAGACUGCUAUUUUGCCCAAGCACCUAGAAACUGUCUGAGGAUAGCUGAAGAUUGUCUUGUCAUCUCUAGCAGUAAAAGCACAAUCUCUUACCUUCCCACAGAAGGAAAGUUAUUUAAGCUUGCAGACCAGUCCAGUCAUAACUUUUCAUAUACCAUGUGUGCUUCUUACGGCAAACUUUAUGUCAACAAUGCUUUUCAACAGUCAGUUGAGAGAUAUGAUCCAGUGGUGAACUCUUGGGUAUCUGUCACACCAUUAAGUGGUGGUUCAGUGCCACUCAGUAGCGUAGCUGUAGUGAAUUUCCAAGGGUUUUUGUAUGUGAUUGGUGGGAAAAUAGGAGAUGAGCAAGUAAACUGUGUGCAUAGGUACAAUCCUGACACAAACCUAUGGCAGGAAGCUGCACCCAUGAACAUUUCCAGAUCUUCACUGUCUGUUGCAGCUGACAAGGACACUAUGUAUGCAAUUGGAGGCCGGACAAAAGAUCAGUUACUGGAUGUUGCUGAAAGAUUUGACCCCAAAACAAACUCAUGGUGCAGAGUGGCUUCAAUUCUUGAAAAGAAAAGAUACUCUCAUGCUGCUAUUUUAAAGGGUAAAGUGUUUCUAUUUGGAGGCUGUACGAGCCCUCGAGCCUUGAAUGUAACUUCCAGGAAUAUUGAAAUGUAUGACCCAAUUACAAACAUCUGGACAGCCAUUCAGAGUACAUCUGCACCAAAGCGCUUUUUAGGUGCCACAAGUUUUAAGGGAGCCAUUUAUGUUACAGGUUUGUGGAACCAAGAAAGUUCCAAUGUUUAUUGCUUGAGGGUCUAUGAUGUUGACAAGAAUGAGUGGAAGCAUUGUGCAGAUAUUCCUCUUAACUCUCCUCGAGCUGUUCUGGCUCCUCUCAGAAUUUCAAGAGGAAUUUUAAACACUUGUAAAGUUUUAAUUUAA